AUUGAUACACUGUGAACCAGUUGAACCGCUACCCCCAUAGAUAUGGAUACACCUCCGCCGUUCUGCUCUAACGGCUCCGGUGUUAUGACUGGUUUUGUAGACCGAGCAGAACGAGUGUCCGCCUCCACCGAUUCAUUUUAGCUAUGUUUCCUUGAUUUCCGCAGCUCCACAGCCGGGACACUCAUGGGUAACGACAGACGUUGAGUCGAGCAGCGCGUCUCUUAUUAAUUACUGCUGAUUUAUCAGACUAUUUUUUGUAAAAGUGUGUAUUUUAAUGCCGCUACGUAGCAAGCCGCACAGCUAGCUAGAAAGUUUGGAGCCGAUAGCAGUGGGCAUGCGCAGGUUGUUCUGUUAGUGUCAGCGGGUCAAAGUCUGGACUGAAGCCGGAGGAUGUUACAGAGGGUGGCGGUGAUCGGUGCCGGUGCUGCUGGACUCUGUGCAGCCCGUCACAUCCUGUCCCAUCCAGGCUUCUGUCCUCCGGUGGUUUUUGAGCUCAGCGAUGAGGUCGGAGGAACCUGGUGUUACGACGAGCGGCUCGGGACGAACGACAACGGACGACCGAUUCACAGCAGCAUGUACAGAGACCUGAGGACCAACCUGCCCAAAGAGGUGAUGAUGUUCCCAGACUUCCCCUUCGACCCUCAGCUGAGCAGCUUCAUUCCCCAUCAGGAGGUCCAGCGGUACCUGCAGAAGUACUGCCAGAACCACCACAUCGGGCCGCACAUCCGGUUCAACACUGUGGUGGAGAAGGUGGAGCCUGUUGUCAUGGCAACGGAGGGCGAGAAGGCGACGAUGAUGUGGGAAGUGACGUCAUCUGAUUCCUCUGGAUGUCAGAAAACGGAAACCUUCGACUCGGUGUUCGUCUGCUCAGGUCACUACUCGGAUCCUCACAUCCCUGACAUCCCAGGAAUACACAACUUUAAAGGACAGGUUCUCCACAGCCACUCGUACCGGUUUCCAGAACCGUUCUCGGGUCGGUCGGUGGUGGUUCUGGGAGCCAAAGCUUCGGGUCUGGACAUCUCCAUGGAGCUGGCUGAAGCUGGUGCUCAGGUAACUCUGAGUCAUCGUCAUCCUCCCCUCUCCUUCCCUCUACCUGCUGGGAUCCAGGAGUCCACUUCUAUCGUGGCGGUCGAAGACGACGGCAGAAUUCGCUUCCAGGAUGGCUCGGUGGGCGGGGCUGAUGUCCUGAUCUUCUGCACCGGGUAUAACUACAGGUUUGGGUUCCUGGACGGAGCCCAGCUGGGCGUGGAGAUCCAUGACGAGGUGCUGUGGGGUUUGUACCGCUUCAUGAUGCCUCCUGCCUUCCCCUCGCUGUUCUUCAUCGGCAUCUGCAAGAUCAUCUGCCCCUUCCCCAACUUCAACUGCCAGGUCCAGUUUGCUCUCUCCGUGUUGGACGGUUCUGUUGUUCUUCCUCCUCGGGCUCAGAUGGAGGAGGAGGCUCGGCUGGCGCUGCAGCAGAAGGAGCAGCGAGGAGUGGAGCGGCGCCACCUGCUGGUCCUGGAUUGGGACCAGUGGGAGUACUGCCGGGUCCUGGCUCGGUCCGCAGGCUUCCCUCCGAUUCCUCCGGUGACCCGCAGCCUCUACGAGGAGGUCGGGAGGCAGAGAAGGAUUCACCCCAAGAACUACCGAAGGACCAACUACCGGCUGGUCAGUGACAGCGAGUGGCAGGUGGUGGACUGAAGGACGGAACACCUGGAGAAGAACUAGGAAGUAAGAGUAGUGGGUCAGCAGGUAUGUUCAGCUGGUAGUCAGGGGACCAUGUUUAACCCGAUAGAUCACCAUGGUAACUGAUGCUGUGGAGCUCUGUCUCCAUGGUUACUGAUGCUGACCCAGUCCAGGUUCUGUUCAGGUUUAAAUCUGCUGUUAGAAGCGUCUCUCUUCAACUGAAUCGAUCCUCAGCUGAUGUUUUCUCUGUAAACCUGCUGAUCUGGACGUUUCUAAAACUAGUGGAUGCAUCACGUUGCCAUGGAAACAUACAUGUGUGCAACUCAUGAUGCAGAAAUCACAUAAAUAGAUUUCUAUGUUUGGUCUGUUUCCAUGCUGAUGCUGCAGCUGAUUGAACAUUGAUCAUCUAUUGGUAUUUAUUACAGAGAAUAGUCAAUCAAUGAGUUUCAUUUUAUGACCAUAAAUUAAAGUGAUUUCCUGCAUUAUGGGACAGAGUCGGACACAAAUGUACUUUAACACAAUAUUAUGUUCUGGUUAGGGCUGGGACUUGUCUAAGGCACACCUGUGCACUAAUCAUGGUGUCUAAUCAGCAUCUUGAUAUGGCACACCUGUGAGGUGGGAUGGAUUAUCUCCGCAAAGGAGAAGUGCUCACUGUCACACAUUUAGACAGAUUUGUGAACAGUAUUUGAGAGAAAUGGUGAUAUUGUGUAUGUGGAAAAAGUUUUAGAUCUUUGAGUUCAUCUCAUAAAAAAUGGGAGCAAAAACAAAAGUGUUGCGUUUAUAUUUUUGUUGUGUAUGUAUGAAGCUUUUUUUAUUUGAUGAUUUGUUUUAUUGUCUUUAAUAUGUUAGUUUUUGGAGGAAUGUAGUCUAAACCACGCAGUGCAAUUUUCUGUUCUGUACAAACAACUAACAAACAAAUAUCUUAUUAAAAUAUUUUGUUUUUA